AUGUUCCCCACAGAGUCCGGCAGGAGGGUCAGGUAGCGGUCCUGGUUCUGAUUCUGGUGGGCCGAGGUACUUCAGUGUGAUGUGGUGUAAGGUCAGUGGGAGGAAACACAAGCGCUGGGAGGGAGAUGCUGUCCUGGUGACACGAGGACGCACCGCCACUCUCAAAGACAUGGAGGGCAAGGACAUCGGCAAGGGUGAGUGUGUGUGCGUUUUACUGUCUGAGCGGCAGUUUCCCAAUCACAGAUUAAGCAUAGACAAAACAUCAUGCUCAAUGGAGAAUCCUCAUUUGAAAGUGGUUUUAGUCCAGGACUAGGCCUCAUUUGUUGCCAGGAAACCGGCCCUGAGAGUGUUAUUUCCGAGUGCAUCUGAGAGUGAUUCAGAUUUUGUGUGUGUAGGUAGUGGGUAUAAGGUGUCAGAGCUGGCAUCGCUGAGUGAAGGAGAGACGUUGAUGGUAGGGGGUAAACAGGUGGAGGUGAUGGGACUCAUAUCAGAGCUGGACUACAAUAAGGGCCGCUGUUUCCUUGACGUCCAUGUGGAGAAGGAGGAGCCUAAGAUAUCAGCUCCUCCCCCCUCACGACGCCCAGCUUCCAAACUAUUGGGCGGAGAGACUGAUAGGGGAGUGGCCAAACCUCAGGAGGAGGGGCCCUGUAAACCACGCCACGACCCUCUAGCACCAGGUAAAUACACAGACAUACAGUACACACACACACACACACACACACACACACACACACUCACACUCAUACUCAUCAUAUCUCUAAUGGUUUGUGUAGGAGCCCUUGUCAUGCCCCGGCCCUCAACCAAUCACCAGUGGGCUUAUAACAAGGCAGGCCUCCCACUGGUGGACGUGGUGGUUGACCCCUACUUGACUGCUAACCUCCGACCCCACCAGAGAGACGGCCUGCUGUUCCUCUACGAGUGUGUCAUGGGGAUGAGGUAAUGGGAGAUGUGUGUCAUGGGGAUGAGGUAAUGGGAGAUGUGUGUCAUGGGGAUGAGGUAAUGGGAGAUGUGUGUCAUGGGGAUGAGGUAAUGGGAGAUGUGUGUCAUGGGGAUGAGGUAAUGGGAGAUGUGUGUCAUGGGGAUGAGGUAAUGGGAGAUGUGUGCAUGUUCAUGAUGAAUCCUCUGAUCACUCCAAAAUUAAAUGUGGUGUUCCACAAGGCUCUGUGCUGGGGCUGCUAUUUAUUUAGUUUGAUUGAUUUGGUGUGUGUGUGUGUGUGUCAGGGCUACAUGUAGGUACGGUGCUAUCCUGGCAGAUGAGAUGGGUCUGGGUAAGACCCUCCAGAGUGUGGCAUUGACGUGGACGCUGCUAAAGCAGGGCCCGUACGACGGGAAGCCGGUUGCUAAGCGUGUGCUGGUGGUUGCCCCUGGCAGCCUGGUGCAGAACUGGGGGGCGGAGUUUAAGAAGUGGCUCGGUCGUGAGAGGAUCAGCGUCUACACUGUUAACCAGGUAGGGGUGUGUUUGAUCAGCGUCUACACUGUUAACCAGGUAGGGGUGUGUUUGAUCAGCGUCUACACUGUUAACCAGGUAGGGGUGUGUUUGAUCAGCGUCUACACUGUUAACCAGGUAGGGGUGUGUUUGAUCAGCGUCUACACUGUUAACUAGGUAGGGGUGUGUUUGAUCAGCGUCUACACUGUUAACCAGGUAGGGGUGUGUUUGAUCAGCGUCUACACUGUUAACCAGGUAGGGGUGUGUUUGAUCAGCGUCUACACUGUUAACCAGGUAGGGGUGUGUUUGAUCAGCGUCUACACUGUUAACCAGGUAGGGGUGUGUUUGAUCAGCGUCUACACUGUUAACCAGGUAGGGGUGUGUUUGAUCAGCGUCUACACUGCUGUUUCUGAUCCAUAUGGUGAUGUGUGUGUGUGUGUUCCAUGUUGUGUUGUUCAUUAGGACCACAGGGUGGAGCUGUUUGCAGCUUCUCCUCUCCACAGUGUGUUAGUGAUCAGCUAUGAGAUGCUGCUACGCUCUCUGGACGUGGUGAGUUGGUUCACAGCAGCGUAUCCAACAGCGGUGGGAAGUACCAGUGUUACAACACUGUUGAAUUACACCUAAACUCCUAUACAGUGCAUUCAGAAAGUAUUCAGACCCCUUGACUUUUUCCACAUUUGUUACCUUACAACCUUAUUCUAAAAUGAAUUAAAAAAUAAUAAUCUUCAGCAAUCUACACACAAUACCCCAUAAAAAUAAAAAACAUAUAUUUAUUUUUUUACUAUUUUCUACAUUGUAGAAUAAUAGUGAAGACAUCAAAACUAUGAAAUAACACAUAUGGAAUCAUGUAGUAACCAAAAAAGUGUUAAACAAAUCAAUAUAGAUUUUAUAUUUGAGAUUCUUCAAAUAGCCACCCUUUGCCUUGAUGACAGCUUUGCACACUCUUGGCAUUCUCUCAACCAACUUCACCUAGAAUGCUUUUCCAACCGUCUUGAAGGAGUUCCCACAUAUGCUGAGCACUUGUUGGCUGCUUUUCCUUCACUCUGCGGUCCGACUCAUCCCAAAUCAUCUCAAUUUGGUUGAGGUCGGGGGAUUGUGGAGGCCAGGUCAUCUGAUGCAGCACUCCGUACUUUCUGAAGGCACUGUAUGACACAGAUUAGGAGUACGAUGCUACACUCAUGGGACAUCAGAACGUUCUGUGUGUGUGGUGUGUGUUCUAUGUUUGUGGUGUGUAGGUACAGAAGCUGGAGUUUGGGCUGGUGAUCUGUGAUGAGGGUUACAGGUUGAAGAACAGCAGCAUCAAGACCUCCUCUGCCCUCAGUGGUCUCAGCUGUACACGCAGAGUUAUUCUGACAGGUACACACACAGCCCUCUGUUUUAUUGCCGUUUUCCUGUCCCUUUCUCCUAGUGUUUUCUGGUAUAUUGUGUGUGCUGUACUGUAGGUACUCCUGUGCAGAAUGACCUGCAGGAGUUCUAUGCCAUCAUAGAGUUUGUGAACCCGGGCAUUCUGGGGUCGUCUGCUGCCUACAGGAAGGUGUACGAGGAGCCAAUCCUCCGCUCCCGACAGCCCACCUGCACUGAGGUACAUUACCCACCUACACUCUCUAUCUCUGUCUCUGUACCGCUACACUAUCUCUCUAUUGUACGCUCACAACAGCCCACCUGCACUGAGGUACAUUACCCACCUACACUCUCUAUCUCUGUCUCUGUACCGCUACACUAUCUCUCUAUUGUACGCUCACAACAGCCCACCUGCACUGAGGUACAUUACCCACCUACACUCUCUAUCUCUCUAUUAUCUACUGUCCCCAUCUCUUUCUCUCCCUUCAUUCCUUCUCUAUAUCUCUCCCUAUAGGAGGAGAGGGUUUUGGGGGAGGAGCGAGCGGCUGAGCUCUCUCGUCUGACUGGUCUGUUUAUUCUGAGGCGGACCCAAGAGAUCAUCAACCGCUACCUGCCGCCUCGUCUUGAUUGGACAGUGUUCUGUAGCCCCUCCCCCUUGCAGCGGGAGCUAUACCAGGCUCUCCUCUCGCACCGUGUCAUCCGAGCCUGUCUACAGGGGUCGACACAGACACAGACUCACACACACCUCGCCUGCAUCACCGCCCUGAAAAAGCUCUGCAACCACCCAGGACUGCUCUACUCCACUGUACAGGUACGACACAUAAAGACACAAUGAUGAUGAUGACGACAAUGAUGAUGGUGAUGAUUGUGUGUUUUCCAGGAGCGUUCUGACGGUGGCUCAGCAGAGGGUUCUCUGUAUGAAGGGCUAAGAGGUGUCUUUCCAGAGUCUUACUCUUCUGGGGGCUUCAGUACAGCUGACUCAGGGAAACUACUGGUCCUGUCUGACCUACUGACCACUAUACGCCACCUCAGCCCUAAUGACAGGUGUGUGUGUGUGUGUGUUUGUAUGAAGUGGGUCAAGGGAUCCGGGCACACUGGCAUUGGUUUGUUGACACCAUAGAGAUCCUAUUAAAUUACUAGAGGGGCUGUCAUAAACCCUGAAAGUUCCAGAAUGGGGUGAAAAUGGCAGCCAUAUUGGCCAGGGAGAAAUCCAAAUCAGUCUAAUUGGAAUGAAUGGCAGAAGAGGUAGAAUCCCGAUUUUUCUUAUGGAGGAAAAUAAAAGCAAAACAUAUGUGAUAUCAGAAAUUGUGUAAUAUAAUUAUUGUCAAACUAAAAUAUUGUCAUAUAAUUAUAAAUACAGUUUAUACGGAUUUUAUACACAUUUUCAGUAUAAAUAGCCUCUGAAAUAUAUGUAAACAGACCAUAAAUGUCAAAAAAUGUUAGUUAUAUGAUACAAUAUCAGUACUUGUUGCAUUUACAACUUGUCUAAGUCCUAUCAUCAACUGAUUUCAGCCAGUGUAUGGAUUGACUGCAUUUUUUAAAUGGAAUGUUGGCAUAUUGGCAGUUAAUUAGAAACAUUUAUGGAAUCAUUCCUCUAAAACUGACUGGCUAGCUAGCUAACAAACAUACAGUGCAGAUAAAUUCUUAAAAAGCAUUAUUUUACACUAUCUUAUCACAGCACUGGCAAACCAUGGUUGACAAACUCCCUGACCAAAAUGGCUGACCUUUAGACCAUCAUAAGAAGGUUCAUGGCCAUUCUAGUAUUCUAAUUCCUAAUUCUAUGGUUGACACACUCAUGCUCUGGCACAUGAUCUGGACCAUCUUGAUCCUAUGUUGUGUGUGUAUGUGUGUGUGUGUGUGUGUGUACAGGGUGGUGGUGGUGUCUAACUACACUCAGACGUUAGACCUACUCCAGAACCUGUGUGUCCACCUGGGUUACACCUACUGUCGCCUGGACGGCCACACCCCCACCAUCCAGAGGCAGCGAUUGGUCGACAACUUCAACAGUCCUCACUCCGCUCACUUCCUCUUCCUCCUGAGUUCUAAAGCCGGAGGGGUGGGGCUUAACCUGAUUGGCGCCUCCCACCUGGUCCUGUACGACAUCGACUGGAACCCUGCUAACGAUAUACAGGUACAAACACACACACACUCCACACUCCCACUCACCACCAUUUAGAUGGCACGGUCUGUGUAUGUUUCGUUCACAUCUGAAACACACGUGUACACGUUACUGGUCGGUCAGUACCUGCUAUGCUCUUGGAGGAGUGAGGAUGAGAAAGAGGCCUUCCUCCUGAUGUGAUAGUUGGGGCUGAUGUGUCUGUCCCCCUCCAGGCAAUGGCGCGAGUGUGGAGAGACGGACAGAAGAAGACUGUUCACAUCUACCGCCUGCUCACUGCAGGUACCAUAGAGGAGCGUAUCUUCCAGAGGCAGGUGUCCAAACAGGGGCUUUCUGGGACAGUGGUGGACCUGGGGAAAGGGGCGGAGCAUACCAGCUUCUCCUCCAAUGAGCUGCGAGAUCUCUUCAGCCUGACGGACACACCCUGUCUCACUCACGACCUACUACACUGCAGCUGCAGUAUGGAUGGAUCAGCCCCAGGUACACACACACACACACAGAGUUGUCUGCAUGUGUGUUUAUUAAAUGUGUUUCUUGUGUGUAUUAUAGAAGAAGAAGAGGAUGAGGAGCCUGCGUCUGAUAGGCCGUGCCAGCUGGUCGUCAAGGUGACCGUGGUGGGGCGGGGCAGAAGCAUC